AUGUCGAUGGUACCAUACAUUGUCCGGGAGAUGCUGCGAGAUAUGGACCGCCCCACUCUCUAUGACCAACACUUUGGCCUAGGGCUCAGUCCUGCCAGCCUGAUGGACCACGGUCUGCUGACCACCCCACUGCACUGUGGAUACUUGCGACCUUGGCGAAUCCUCAACCAGGCAGACAGUGGCAUGUCGAACAUUGUCAAUGACAAGGAUAACUUCAAGGUGAGCCUAGACGUGCAGCAGUUCAAGCCGGAAGAGCUGACAGUGAAGGUGGUGGACAACCACGUGGUGGUGGAAGGCAAGCAUGAAGAGCGUAGUGAUGAGCACGGGUUCAUCUCUCGCCAGUUCACACGUCGCUACCACCUCCCAGAAGACUGUGACUUGCAGGCUCUGCAGUCCUCUCUGUCCUCAGAUGGAGUCUUGCAGCUGACAGCACCCAAGAAAGCCAUAGAAGACAAAGGUGCCCGAGCCAUUCCCAUCACUCAGACCAACGCACCUGCGGUCAAGGCAGCUCCUGAGGCGAAACAGCAAGAGGAGAAAACUAAAUCAGCCUAAUCAAACUCAAAAUUAUUUUUCCAAAGAGGGAACCAAUUUUCAAACUUUCUAGGAAAACACUAAGAAUUAAGACUGAUAGUAGACUUGUAGUUAUUUCAUCUGUUCAUUUUUACCAUUGUGUAUAAAAAUCUGUGUGAAUGUUUUACUGUGUUUGUUAAUUUUAAAGUUAAUUACUGUGUUUGUUAAUUUAUAAAGUUAAUUGUAACAGUAUUUUGCUUCAGACUGAACCUAUUGUUAUCUUUGUUAUACAUCAUAUUAUGAUGUAAUAAACCGGUAUUUCAAAACA